UUUUUAGCAAAGUCGUCGCAAAGCCGCACUGACGCCUCUGCCCGGCAGCGUGGUUCUGUCUGUUUUCUUCUCCUCUGUCCUUCACAGCGGCGCCGCUAACAGCCCUGCUCCUCACAUCAGCACAGACAUGGCCAAACUGAGCAAAGAGACCAAGCAGCGGCUGCAGCAGGUCUUCCAGUGCGGGCAGUUCGUUAUCCGGUGGGGGUUCAUCCCCACCGUCCUUUACCUGGGAUUCAAACGGGGAGCAGAUCCUGGAAUGCCAGAACCAACAGUUCUCAGUUUGCUUUGGGGAUGAAGAGCAAUGAUGAAGAAAGCUCCUGCAGAAGAUCAAACCAUCUCAACUACUUUGUCCCAGAGGCUUAGUGUCUGGACUGUUUAAGGAGACUCGUGCAUCACCUGUCAGAAGGCAAAACUAUGAUUACAUACUUUUAUGAACUUGUUUCAGCAAUGUUUUAGGCCUCCUAAACUCUUCUCCACACCACCUGUUAUUACAGAUCGUCAAGAACCAUCGAGUCCUAUUUUUUGUUUGAUUUUAUUUUAUAUGUUUGAAAGUUCAUUGUUCAUUUGUGAGCUGCAUCCUUUCUCAAGUUCGGUUUGUUUUCAUGAGAACAUAAAACAAAACAAACAGGUAUUUGAACUCAAUAAAACUUUAUUUAUCCUCA